CGAGCUUCCACUUGAUAUCGAACGACGCUCGGCCGACACCGACCUCCUUCCUCUCCGGCUAGGCGUCAGGAUGCGUUCCUGGUGUUUCCGGGCCAAUUCGUCAUGGAGGUCACCCUCAGACGCACCGCAGCUGUUAUAGCCCGCAACGACAGGUUCCGGCCUGCUGCCGCGGCACUCACAGCAGCCACCAACUCGCGGCGCUUUUCUCUCUCGAGCCUCACCCGGCCGCCGCCCAACUACCCGGGCCAUGUCCCUCUCACCGGUAUCGAAAAGGCCGCUCUGGCGGUCGGAUCCGGGCUGAUGUCGCUCCGCGACCCCCGGCGAGGAGACCUGAUCGCGGCCUUCGCCGAAGCGACCGCGACACCCUACUUCAUCUACCGCCUCCGCGACGCCAUGCUGGGGUCCCCCACCGGCCGCCGCAUCCUGCGCGACCGCCCGCGCAUCACGUCGACCUCGCUCAACCUGCCCCGCCUGCGCAGCCUGCCCGCCAACACGGUCGGCCGCACCUACGUCGCCUGGCUCGACCGGGAAGGCGUCUCGCCCGACACGCGCGCGCCCGUGCGGUACAUAGACGACGAGGAGUGCGCGUACGUCAUGCAGCGGUAUCGCGAAUGCCACGACUUUUACCACGCGCUCACCGGCCUGCCCAUUGUGCGCGAGGGCGAGGUGGCGCUCAAGGCCUUCGAGUUCGCCAACACGCUGCUGCCCAUGACGGGCUUUAGCGUGUUCGCCGCGGCGACGCUCAAGAAGAGCGAGCGCCGGAGGUUCGCCGACAUCUACCUCCCCUGGGCCGUACGGAACGGGCUGCGGGCGAAGGAGGUGAUCAAUGUGUACUGGGAGGAGCGGCUGGACACGGAUGUGGAUGAGUUGAGGAGGGAGCUAGGGGUUGAGCCCCCGCCAGAUUUAAGGGAGAUACGGAGAAGAGAGAGGGAAGAGCGCCGGAGGAGAAAGGAGGAGGAGGAGGCUGCGCGGGCAAGACGUGCUGCAUAGAGGGUACCCGUUCCCGUUCUCGAGGGGUCAGAUCCGUUUACAAAAUGCUUUGCGAUGUUGGUCGCAUGUAGAGUAAGGAAGCUGUAUGAUACCCGGAGACAGCACG